AUGGCUUGUCUACGAGACCAGAGAGAGUCUCCCCAGAACUCUUUGCACAUGAUCCUGCAAGGCUCACAUAAGUUUUCUGAGCCGUUGCAACGUAAUCCGCGACUGGGCCUCGAGUAUAUUGGCGCGCUCGGUCAAAAGCAGCAUGUUUCUUGCGCCUUGUCAGUGCAGAGGAGAUCUCUGUCGAGUCUCAUGGACAGCGCAGUACCGAAAGGAAAGGGCAAACAGUCCUUUCCGCAAAAGAAUGCACCGUUGUCCUCAGAAGGGCAGGCCAGGGACUUCGAUCAGCAAGAUGAAAACACGAAUUCAGGAUUCCCUCCAUAUCCAGCAGGGGAGUCAUCGCAGUUCGUUACUAGGGAGAAGUUGCGACACUGUAUGCGACGAGUGCCACAAUCAGUGGCAAUAAUUACUGCUAGGGACAUAAAUGACCCUCAAAAUGCCUGGCGGGGAGCAACGGUGUCCAGUUUUACAACAGUUACCUUUGAACCAGAAGUGAUUGUUUCCUUGAACCUAAAGCUUCCCUCGACCACCUAUGAUGCAAUUCUAUCUUCCAAUCGUUUUGAUAUCAACAUGUUAAAGGCAGAUGAUAAGGGUGCAGAACUAGCAUCUCGUUUUGCAUCUCCUCUUGAGGAAGCGAGAAGAAAGGCCUUCGCAGUAGAGGAAAGACCACGAUCGAGUUCGUUAACGUUCCAUCCUCUAUUCUCUCGAAGUCACGGUGCGAAAAACCCAGUCGCAUUCCGUAUUCCGUGCUGCUAUAUGCCUGAAAAAACAGUGCAGAUAGGCGACCAUGUGGUCAUUUUUGGAAAGGCGGAGGCAAUUGAAAGGAAGAGCUACGAUUCGCGUGCGGGAGAAACCACCACAUGUCUUGCUUAUAUUGACGGCUGCUAUGGCUAUGUGGUGCCACUCUCAAAGCAACCCAAAAGGGAAUCCACAGGACUCAGCUCCAACAAGAAUCGCGAUGCUCCAAUUCGGGUCGCCAAACAGUCUCCGAUAUCGAGGAAGGAUUUUCUAGCUUUUGUAAACCAUGCUCAAGAAUGCGCAAGUUGCUUCAAGGGAAGCUUCUUUUCCGACGUGGUGCAUUUAGGCUGCAUAAACCGCAGGACGCUCCUGUUGGUUCGUGAAGUUCGACUCCAUAGUGCAGAAGUGCACAACGCAAUCUUACGCCUCUCAAAGGCAGUACCCAAGGAUGGCAUUGAAGAUUUGGUGUUGGAUCCUUCGACCUCAGCCAAUGAGUGCCCUCCAAUUUUGUCUGAAAAUGACAAAUCUAAUAUGCUGACUAGAGGAUCUUGCCCGAGCGCAAAUGGGCCACUGGAUCGCACGAGGUUCAAAACAGGAAAGUCGAAACUAGCCGUCAGUUCUGUUCCAACGCCCAUGAUGCCAUCUCCAUCACCCCUAAUCACGCCAUUUCGGGAGUUCUCUAGCACAAGGACGGUCAGCCAGAGGGUUAAGAAUAUCAACCACAGGGGAAGAUCUUCUAAGUCCAGCAAUUCCAUAGAAGUGUCCAUGAAGCCGAUGGUGCGUGGCACCUUGCGCUUGCCUGCUCCAAAAAGCAUGAAGACAGUUGUUACUCAAUAUAUGGAGAGCGUUUCUGUUACAGCGUCUGCCAACAGCGGUAACCUAGACCAAAGUGUCGUGAACACAAAUCCGACUGACACUGUUAAGAACCAUGUCAGCGUCAAACUACCUAGGGUAAAGAGAGUUGGAGGAAUAAAGAUCUAUCCCCUCAUCAGACCUGGUUUUGUAGACUAUCCGCCUUUCAGGAAGAUCUUCACCAAUGAAUUAGCUACUCACAGGACUGAGCCGCUUGCUGGGCAUCAGCAAGUUUGCUUGAGAAGUCGAAAGAAAAAACGUGAUAGGAUUAGCAACGGAGACCGGGAUGAGAUCAGUACACCGAUCAAAAGGGUAUUCAUCAGGAAGCACUUGGUUUAUGACAAUCGCUUUCUGCCCUUAUUGGCUUCUCCCAUUCAAGCACGAAGCAGCAGCGGCACUACCACCGAGCAUGCCAAAGACAUCGAAGCCCCCAUCAAAGUCCAUCUUUAUCGAUCCGCCCUCCGCAUCAGAAAACAACUUACCACCAACAAAUGGGACGACCAAUCAGACGUCCCUUUUCCUUCGCACAUGUCGGAGGAAUUUGACCAGGAACAGCGCGAGAACAUUGAAUCAGCCAUGCAAGAGGCACUUGUUGGCCAACAGACGCCGGGUCAAGCGGUGCUAGAGGAUAUAGCCUUCAGACAGCACAGAAAGAUACAGGAGCCGGGUAGAAACCAGAACAUGGAACGCGAUAUCGAGGGUGUGAUGGGCCAGAUUCAGGACUAUUUUCAACGGGAAUUUGGAACGGCAGCGGUACUUCGCGAGAACAUUGAAUCAGCCAUGCAAGAAAAUCCACCUGGUCAACAAACGUCGGAUCAAGUGCUGACAGAGAAGAUAGCUCUCAGACAGCAAAAAACGAUGCAAAAGCUGGCUAGAAACAAGGCCAUGGAGCGCGAUAUCAAAGAUGUGAUGGCCCAAAUUCAGGACUAUUUUCAACGGAGGUCUGGAACGGCCGCGACGUGA